GGCAUCAUCGGACUACUUCAUCUGGGCAAUUUGACAUGUUACAUGGCACCAGCUAUGGUGGACGGAUUUGUGACCGGGGCUUCGGUACACGUGUUGACCAGUCAAAUUUCUUCGUUAUUUGGCGUGAAGGCAGCCGCAAAAAAGGAGGGAAUUGGAUCGUUAUUUCUGAUCGCCUACUCGAGACGUAACUAUGUGGACAUAUUAAGUGCAUAA